AUGGCUCCGGCACAGGAUACCAUGUUUCGCUCUGCGAACAUGAGUAUGGUGCAGCUAUACAUUUCCAAUGAAAUCGGUCGCGAGGUCGUUACAGCCCUUGGAGAGCUUGGCCUCCUCCAAUUCCGAGACCUCAACGGCGAAGUCAGUGCCUUUCAACGCACUUUCACUCAAGAGAUCCGAAGGCUUGACAAUGUCGAACGCCAGUUGCGUUACUUCUACACCCAGAUGGAGAAGGCAGGCAUCUCUCUGCGGAAAUUCGACCUUGAUGCCGAGAGACUUGCCAACCCGUCGACAUCCGAGAUUGACGAGCUCGCCGAGCGAAGCCAGAGCCUCGAGCAACGCGUCUUCCAGCUCAACGACAGCUACGAAACAUUGAAGAAGCGGGAGGUCGAGCUCACUGAGUGGCGCUGGGUUCUCCGCGAGGCCGGUGGUUUCUUUGACAGGGCCCACGGCAACGUCGAGGAGAUCCGCGCGUCUACCGAUAACGAUGAUGCCCCCUGCUCCAGGAUGUUGAGCAGCACAACUCUGCCCCCGAGGUUGAGCGGUCUUUCUCCGGAAUGA